AUGAACGAAGAUACGAUGGACGAGCUGGCCCCAAGAGCGGAGAUCUUCAGAUCAAAACUCAUCGAGGAUUUUCAGCUUAUCGACAGGGUUGCCAAUAGUAGCGGCGCAGAGCCACCAAAAUACUAUUCCAACGAAAUAACAGGUAUCUUUUUUUCACGAUAUUCUGUGAAAUCUUUCAGGUAUGCUGUUUAGCAACCAAUCAUUUCUGGUCAAAUAUUUCGAGGAAACUCUUCGCCUCUAAAUAUCAGUGGGUAUGACGUUGGCAAAGCUUGGAAAGCAACAACUCUUUAAAAAUUCUUCUCCUUCGUUUCCAGGCUCUAUAUUCAGUUUUUGAGAUUGUAGAAUUUUUUUAAUAGGUUGCCCGUAAAUUUUGUUUCAGACGACGAAGUUAUGAAGCAACUUUUAAGAGAGACUCCCCAAGGCUUGAUCAAGUUUCAAAUCUACUCUAAGAAAGAUGAACAGCGCUUUGCAGAUCGUCGCUUGAACAGAGUAAAGAACAAAAAUGCUAUUCCACUUGGACCAUGGGCACACACUGUCAUAGAAGGUUUGUUUAAUGAAUGAUGAUGGCUUAUCUUUUUUUACUCAAAUGAUCAUGGUGCGUUCCAAUUCCAUCAUUAAUUACCCUUUAUUAGAACAGAAAGGUGCAUUGAUCAAGUUUGUGUCAGUAAAGUGGCUGUUAACAAUGUGAUGUGAUUUAAUCUAUCAACAGAUCCAAGGAUUCAAAACUUUAUGAUGAUUUUGAUCAUAACAAAUUCUAUUGUAUUGGGAAUCCAAGCCGGUGAGCAAAAAAACUAGUAUCCCUAAUCUGCUAUCAUCCUACUUGUUAGUAACCCUUGAAUCAAAAAUUAGCACUCUAUGCUAUCAUUUUUCAGAAAUAUCCAAAAUUGAGGAUUCCUCACUGUAUGGACUAAAACUGGUUUUACAAAUUUUUGAUUACUGCACAUUGACCAUUUUUGUACUUGAGAUAAUCCUCAAGUGGAUUGAUGGAUUCUGGAGUUUUUGGAAAAAUGGAUGGAACAUUUUUGACUUCAUUGUGACGGUAAUGGUAUGUAUGAACACCAAUUGUAACAUUUCAGUAAUAGUUAUUAACCCUCCAAUUAAAAUGAAUGAACGAGAGUGAUCUUCACAGUAUCCCACUAUGCCCUAAAAUCAGUUUUCAUAUUUUGUGCAGUUCUCUAUACAGUUUCUAAGGUGUUGACAACAAUAAUUUUUUCAACACUUGAGAGCUUCUUGAGUAGGUGAUCAUUUCCUUUAUUCUCCUAACUUUGAUGUCUGAUUUAAGGGUGAUAUUGUAAGGAGAAAUUAGAUGCUAGUCAGUCUUCAGGGUCAAAGGGUUAAUAUAGCAUAAACCAAUAUGCUGACAUAGAUGAUUAUCCUCAGUACCUCAGUCCUGCCCUUUCACACUACUAUUUGUGCAUCAAGUAGAAAUAUAUCUUUCAUUUCAAUCCUUUCAACGAUUUUAGUCAUUUGUGCCAGAAAUCAUUGAGCUGUCAUCAGGAAAAAAUACAGCAGAAGUGGCUGUCAUUGCUGAAAACUUGAGAGUAUUCCGAAUUUUGCGAUCCUUGAAAAUGGUGAGAAUACUUACUACAGUUAUGGUUGUUCAUUGGUGAAUUAUUUCAUAAUUAUGAAUAUGGUAAAAAUUAUAGAAAACAGUACCUAAAAAUAGCAAAGGUGGUAAAUUUUUUCAUUGAAAUAUGAUUUGGAAGUGUAAGAAUACAGUAAUUAAAUAACUAUAUGCAUAGAGUAAAUGUAACAUUUGUUAUCAAUCAUUUCAGGUAUCAAGGUUUGCCCAGCUAAGGAUCAUUGUCCUUACCAUUCUCAAAGCAUUUAAGGUAUUGAAAGCGAAACAACUUACAAAUAAAACAUGGAUUUGAGGGAAGAUAUCUUUAUAAAACAGCCCAAUUUAAAUUAACAAUACUUUCAUUAGCCAAUGUCCUCAGCCUUAGUAAAUUCUUCACCUUCACCAAUUAACUUUUAUCUUUUUUCCAGUCAAUGGCAUUCAUCCUCAUUUUGUUGAUGACUUUUAUGUACAUUUUUGCUGUGGCUGGAACAGUCAUGUUUGCUUCAUACUCCAAGUCAGAAAGAACAGACCUCAAGUAUAAACAGAGUUUUAGGUAAAUCUCCUGUCAAAACAUUGCAUAUUUUGGUACUAUAAUUUGUUGGUGAUGCCCCUAAUUCCAAGGUAUCACAAUAGUAAAUGUACACACCUGUACGUCCACAAUUUACAGAUUGCCUGACUCCCCUUCUGCUUCUCAAUUUCGCCAUGUCUAUGCACAUUAAUAGUUUAGUAUUGUCUUACCAGUAGUUAAUCAGCAUAGCAAAUCUAUUGCAGCACCCUUGGUAAUGCCUUGGUCACAUUGUUUCAACUCUUCACCUUGGAUCACUGGUAUGACAUCCUCAGAGAUCUUAUCAAAGUGGUAGACCCCAUCACAGUCGAGAUCUACAUCAUCUUAUGGAUCUGUAUUGGAGCUUUCAUAUUCAGAAAUAUCUUUGCUGGCAUUAUGGGUAUUCAUGCUAUGAGUUUCUUUAAUUAUUAUGAGAGUAACCUGAAGCUGACUUCCUCAUCUUCAAAGAUUAGAGGGCAAAAUUCACCUUCACCUGAUAUUGGGAUAUUUGAACAAGGAUGGGGCUAUGGCCAAAGGCAUCUUAUAGUCAUGCUACCCCCCCCCCCUUUUUUUUUUGAUAAAAACUGAUUACUAUUCUUGAAUAUGCAACAUCUUAGUAUAUUUCUCAGUCAGCAUAUGCACUAUGACCAGUCCAUUAAGCAGGCUGUAUUUUGUUGUAUCACCCACUAAAUACAAAAGUUUGUUUGAAUUGAAAUCUUCCUCCUCUUUUUGAACUUUAAGAUGUGAUAAUAUCUUACUAACCAGGUUUUUUCAAUCCAAACUGUAAAUUAAAGAACCUUGUUUUUUUCACAUGGAUUUAUGAUCCAUGUGCUUCCCACUUGAGCUAUGAAAAUGAGCAGGAAAAAAUUGGUCUGUAACUUACAGUGAGGACCUGACUAAACUUGGUUAGUUAGGGGUAUAUACACAUAGUCUUAUGAUUAUCAAAUAUUCAUGACAUCAUCUUAGAAUAAAACAAAAUUCAGCAAGAGACAGGAGAAUGUUGAAUUUGGGUUAGGCUGACAUGGGAAGAUUUUAGUAGUCUCAAGGCCAUUGUAAAGCUAUUUGGUACUUGUUGCAGUCAUGAACUUCCAGAGCAUUCGAAGGGAUUUUAAUCAACAAGUGAAAGAGCAGACUGAAGCCAUAGAAGCAGAACAAAUGAGAAAUCACUUAGCAGAGGAGCUGGAAAGAAAGGACAGAUUGCAAAGUAGAACAAGGUAUCUAUUACUGAGACACCUGGUACAACAACAGACUCCAAUUGAACCUUGAUGUUAAAAAAUUUAGUUACACUGCAAAAAAUAUUUUUCAUCUAUCUAGGCGAACUAGCAGUUUGGGUGCUUCCCUGUUCCAGGAACUAGGAAAACAGCUUGAACCUAUGUCAACACUAGCAGAGAUUGAAGAGGAAGAAGAAGAAGAAGCUUUGAGCACAGAGAUGACAGUGGAAUUAAAGACUCCUCCUCUCUGCCUCAGGAAGGAGAAACUAAACCAAAACCAGAAACAAAUGAACCUGACCCUUUAGCUACAUUAGGAGACAAACUUGCUCAAAUAAGGUAGCAUAGUCCUCUUGCUCAUGAUCUUAUAUCAAGAGUAAGUUUCUUUGUGGAAGCAACCUGAUCAGGUUUUAGGUUAUGGAAAAUGUCUAAGAAAGUAAUGUAUAAUCACCACAAAUACUGGUGGUGAUUUAUUUGAGGAUUUUUUCAAAAUUCAAAGUCUCUAAAUUAAAAGUCACUUAAACUCUAAAAUACAGAGAAUCAGAUACAAUUAAGAGUUAAAUUUUCAUCUAUUACCCAACCAUUACAAUGAAAGUACUCUUUCAACUGACCGAAUCAAGCUGAUUGGUGAUCCAUGCAUAAGAGAUGGUGGUUGUUGUUUUAAGGGAGAAGAGGAACAGCUGGAGCAAACAGAGUGGAGUUGACCAGCAGCCAAUACCAGAAUUACAUGGAGAGUUUGCUCAUGACAAAGCUAAAGACAUGACAAAUGGUAAGUUUUCUUUCUUCUUACAGUGUAUAUGUGGAAAUCUAGUUUGACAUUUUGUACCUUACACUGAUGAUGGUUUUUCCCUCCCCUCCCCCACACACACCCUCUUCCUUUCUGUGGUGUUUGGCACUUUCCUUUUUGGCAAAGUUUUAUGUUAAAUUUUCUAGACUGGAUCACAACAGUUCAAGCAAAUCUGACUGAUCUUAAGAACCACCCUGUGGAGACACUGUGGCAGAGAGACACGCUGUUCAGGUAGGAAAAAUAGCAACUAAACAAGGAGCCUCAAAAUAGAAUGCUUCAAACAAUUGAUGUAAAAUUGUGUUUGAAAAACAAAAAGUCUCUUAUUUUUUAAAGUAAUUUUGAAUUUGUGCUGUAGAUAUUUCCAGUUAAUGGAAGCCUGGCAAGAGAAUCUUGCUGAACGACAGCAGCUCAUUCGUAUGGCUGGUGAGUGAAAGGUUACUUGUCAAUCACUGACAUUUCUAACUUUACUAAAACUGUUGGCAAGACUGAAAAAUCUCAGUGCUGGUCUUGUAAUCACAAGAAAUAUGAUUUGUUUCCUGUUUUCUACACAGACCUAUGCUAAAGCACUUAAAUAAUUGAUGUUUUUUUUUUAUUACAGGCCAAGCUUUGCUUAAGCUCCAUGAUACUUGA